AUGGCUAGAGCCUGCUUACUGCUCCUGCUUCUGAAGAUGUGUGGAAUCAACACAGAGGAGGAAACAAAGAUCCCCUGGGGCUGGAAAGCCCCAUGGAAAAGAAACAACACUCAGAUCUCAAGUGAAGAUUGGAAGCAACGGCUGCCCCAAAGCAUAAUUAUUGGGGUGCGGAAAGGAGGCACACGGGCCCUGCUGGAGAUGCUGAGUCUGCAUCCCCAGGUGGCAGCUGCCCAUUCCGAGGUGCAUUUCUUCAAUGUGGAGGAGAAUUACCGCAAAGGACUUGGUUGGUACAGUCAGCAGAUGCCUAUUUCACACCCCACUCAAAUCACCGUGGAAAAGACACCAGGCUAUUUUUCUUCUCUCAAAGCCCCGGAAAGGAUCCAUGCCAUGGACAGCUCACUGAAGCUCCUGCUGAUCGUACGGGACCCUGUGGAAAGACUGGUGUCUGAUUACACACAAAUCCUUCACAACCGCAAGGCACGGCACAAGCCCUACCAAGCUCUGGAGCAGAUUCUCUUUAGGCAGGGCCAGGAACUCAACACCCGGUACAAAGCCAUGCAGCGCAGCCUGUAUGCCUUACACCUGGCUCGGUGGCUGGAGUUCUUUCCCCGGUCACAGAUUCACGUGGUGGAUGGAGGCACCCUAAUCCGGGAGCCACUCUCAGAGAUGCGCCACGUAGAGCACUUCUUGGGACUGGAGCCUUACCUUGGCCCAGACAACUUUUACUUCAACCAGACCAAGGGCUUCUACUGCCUACAAGCAAAGGGGUAUCAGCACUGCCUAGACCAAUCCAAAGGACGACCUCAUCCCACCAUUGAUGAAGUACUGCUCGAGCAACUCUGCACAUACUUCAGUGAGCACAACGAGAACUUCUUUGCUAUGGUGGGUCGAACGUUCAACUGGUGCUAAGUUCUGCUUUGGGGCUUACAGGUGUGUUCUGUUGGGACAGAGAAAAAUCAGAGAAUGGCCUCCAGAUGUUUAGAAAAACUUUUUUUGUGGUAGAGGUCUGUACGCUCUUCUUUUGACUGGGCUAGGAGAAGAGCUCUAUCGAUAUGGGCUUUGCUCAGUGGUACACACGUUUAGAGGAAAACAGCACAACAGAAGUAGCUUUCACACUGGAGACUGGAAAGAGCACUUUCACACAAAAAAUUCACAGCAAGUGGAGCUAUGUCCUCUGCAGCUGUGUGCCCAGGAAAUGCUAUAUUCUAGGCCAGCCUUCCCCAAGCUGGUGCCCUCCAGAUGCUUUGCACUACAACUCCUAUCUUCCCUUACCACUGGCCAUGCUAGCUGAGCCUAGUGGGAAUCGCAAUCCAAAAUAUAAUCCACAUCUUGUUCGGCGUCUAUUUCCAGCAAUUGUGUGCUGCAUGAAAAGCCACCUGUUCUCAGCGUUAACUGCCUCUCCAAUAUUCCCACACAACACAACCAGCUGCAGGAACUUUUUCCAUUCACUUAAUGUCCAACACCUGAAAGCCAAGUAAUUCUUUUUCUGUUCAACAGAGGGCAGCAGUUCCAAAGACAAGAGUUCCUGAAGUACUGUACUCCGUGUAACUGAAUACAGGACAGAUAAGUCUGAUACUGUAUACCCAUUUGGAUAUCUUGAAUCUAUUAUAAAUAUAUCAAGUCCGUAUAGUCAGGCCACCAACUAGAAUAAAGGGCAAUUUUCAUUUCAA